GGACAGGCCGGCGGGGUGUCAGUCAGUGGGUGCGCAUGCGUGGGUGUCUGAGCGGGUAGUCCGGCCGCGGUUCCCUGAGCGCCGCCGGGUGAGUGGGUGCGGGGGGCCGCGCCAGCGGGGCUGAAUGGUCGGCCGUGCUGGUUCAUUGCGGUGUCGACACUACGCUGAAGCGAGCCGUGGGCACUGGGUCCUGGAGCGGGGAUCCCCACUGGCUUCAGGCGCCUUGUGGUGCGGGGGUCACCCUGGGAUCGUGAGGAUUUCAUUGGAAUCGGGCUUGCCAUAAACUGCAGAUAACUUGCUUUUUGUGACUCCCAUUCCAAUUAACGGGACGGAUAUAAGUUUUUAAACUGUUAAAUCAAUUCAUCAUGGAUCAGACAUUGGAUGGACUGGAAGGAAAUGAAUCUUGUGAAGAAGUAACGUAUCUUGGCUCUGAUCCCCUAAAUAAUGGAUGUUUGUUUGAGGUGGAUUCUGAUAUAUCAGACUUAGAAAUUCCUGAGACACCCAGCCCCACUUUUUCCAAGCAAAACAGUAAGCCUUAUCAAGCAGCAGCUACAAUCCAGGAUAGGAACAUUGCUAAUGAUGGGAGAAAGCCCAGAUCUGCUACUAAGAACACUACCCAUCCACCAAAGAAGUGCCUUGUUAUGACUACUGCAACUCGGACUCCUCAAAAGUGUACCAAGCAAUUAUUUGUGGAAGGCAAAGCCUCUUCCUAUUUGCAGCAGAAGAUUCUUGUGUGUUCAAAACAAAAACACAAUACAUCUUCUCUAAGUCCAGUAUUCAGUAAAAAGUCUACAAACUCAAACACUGCUUCCACUUGUAAAAAAACAAGUUAUAACAAAUUCUUGAAAGUACCAUUGAAAAAAUAUCCUGCUGAAAAGUCAAAGCUAUCACCCAAAUCAAGAGAUUCCAGUGUCUCUCCUGUUCAAACAAACUUGGUUAACAGAGAUUGUCAUUCUCCAACUGCUUCUCAUUCUUCGCAUUCCCCAGCAAUGAAAAAAGCCAAGUCAUCAAGCUCUGAAAGUUUGCCAACUGCCAGUAGCUCAAGUUCAAGUCGUCUUCCAGUACACAAGAUCAGCAACACGCCCUUGAAGGAAAAUGAGUGUGUACAUUCAGUGAGAAAUUCCUUGGGCUUUGUAAAAUCACCCAUGUACACUUCAAUGUCCUCUGCUUUGAAGCCAGCAGGAUCUUCGAGUUCUGCAACAUUAACAAAUGGUAUAAGUGACUGGAUUGAUCUCCUGGAUGAGAGCAGUGAAAUAGUGGCAUCCUCUGAUCAGUGGGAUUGGGAUUCUCCAAUUGUAGUAGAUGAUGACUCAACCGAUAACUAUGUUCGUUUUGCUCAACUGGAAGAGGAUGAAGCUUUUGCCAGACACCUACAGGCACAGUUUGAUUUGGAAGCUCAGUCUCAUGAACAUAGAAGUCCCUUCCAUGCAACAAGGGAAAACUCCUUCCCUGAGUUUUGUGGGUUGCCUGGUUGUGGAGAGUAUGAUUUAUUGGUUACUUCAGACAUUGGGUACUGUGGAAAGCCUGGGUGCAGGGAGAGUCAGCACAGAAAUGGCAUGUUGGCUUCAGAAGUAAUUGAUCCUGUUCUACAUGAUCUGCAGAGAUUUUUUGAUGACGCAACUGGCAGAAGUAGAAGAACCAGAAGGCACAGCAGACAUCAAACUACCUCAAUAUACUUAAAUGAUGCAAAUGAUGGCAAUGAUUAUGAGGAUUUGCUAGCUUUUGAAGAAAGUCAGGGUUCGGCUGUUGCACAGAAGAAACUCAGUAGUACUGAGAUUAAUAGAUUGCCUAUCACGUUUUUUGACCCAAAACAUGCUGCAGAAAAGACACAGUGUCAUAUUUGCUUCAAUGACUAUUCUUUGGGAGAAAAGUUAAGGAUCUUGCCCUGUCUUCAUGACUAUCAUAGUCAGUGCAUUGACCGCUGGUUAAAGGGACAUUUAAGUUGCCCAAUCUGCAGAGUUGAUGUAAAGUUGGAAUCUGCAUGAUGUGUAUAAGACGACCAUCAAGUGCAAUAAUUUCCAUUGACUUCAAACUAAGGUGCAUUCAGCAACUUUGCCAUGGAUGGAAAUGUUUACAUUAUGGACUCAGGACUUCACAAUCUCCAUUUUAUUUCCACUUUCCAAAGCAAAAACCAAAAUGAAAUACUUAACUACCUUAGAUUUUUUACUUGUAUGAAAACAGAUUCAUUUUUAUACUGUUUGAACACUUUCAGCCAUAACUUCACACCGAAUUUUCAUGAUUAUUAAAGCUUGUUGUGGAUGUUGGCUUAGUUCAGAUGCAUCACUCCAAGCUGGAAGAUGAGUGUUUGAAUAAGCCUAAGUAUUGGAAUGCUGUUGACAGUUUCAAGUUGUAAUGAGAACUUUGGAGAAUUUCUCAUCUUGGCUGUUAAUGAGCUUGUGUAAAAGUAGUAUUUAAAUUUUCCUAGUUUAAUUUACUGAUGCUGAGUGCAAGUGUACACCCUUGGAGGGAUGGUUGUGUAGUCUAGUGAGCUGUCUUGGUUUUUCUGUACAAUUGACAAUGCCAUUUACUUUAUCUAGGAGAAACAUGUGAGAACUUUAAAAAUUGCUCCCUCAAACUUUUUUGUACUUAUUUUAAAUGUACCACAGAUCAGUCAUGAUUGAAUCACUUGAGAUGUACAUGGCUAUUUAUCACUGAUGCUGAGUGCAAGUGUACACCCUUGGAGGGAUGGUUGUGUAGUCUAGUGAGCUGCCUUGGUUUUUCUGUACAAUUGACAAUGCCAUUUACUUUAUCUAGGAGAAACGUGAGAACUUUAAAAAUUGCUCCCUCAAACUUUUUUGUACUUAUUUUAAAUGUACCACAGAUCAGUCAUGAUUGAAUCACUUGAGAUGUACAUGGCUAUUUAUCACUGUUUUAAUUUAAUGUACAAGUCAGAACUUGAACAUAAUGUACUGAACAUUGUUGAUUUUCCAAUUAAAGUGUAUGUCUU